AUGGGGAAAAAUAGGAAUAAAGCUAUAGACAUCUCUAAAGAAGAGUUGAUGGUAAGAGCUGUCGCAGAAAUCAUCAAUGAACUUAUAAAAGCACACAAUCAAAACAAAGAUGUAGAUCUAAAUAAGCUGAAGACAAGAAUUGCAAGCAAACAUGGAAUGCCUAAUCAGCCCCGACUAGUUGACAUUAUUGCUGCAGUUCCACAGGAAUAUAAAAAGGUUUUGCUACCCAAACUUAAAGCAAAACCCAUCAGGACAGCUAGUGGGAUAGCUGUUGUGGCAGUGAUGUGCAAGCCACACAGGUGUCCACACAUUGCUAUGACUGGGAAUAUCUGUGUAUAUUGCCCUGGAGGACCUGACUCAGACUUUGAAUACUCUACACAGUCAUAUACUGGUUAUGAGCCAACCUCAAUGAGGGCUAUUCGAGCAAGGUAUAAUCCAUACCUUCAGACUCGCCAUCGAGUAGAGCAGCUGAAGCAGCUUGGUCACAGUGUUGACAAAGUAGAGUUUAUUGUGAUGGGAGGCACCUUUAUGAGCCUUCCAGAUGAUUACCGUGACUACUUCAUACGCAGUCUUCACGAUGCUUUGUCAGGACACUGUAGCAGCAAUGUGGAUGAGGCUGUAAAGUACUCAGAAAAGAGUAUGACAAAGUGCAUUGGCAUAACCAUUGAAACCAGACCAGACUAUUGUCUAAAGAAGCAUCUCAGUGACAUGCUUCGGUAUGGAUGCACUCGACUGGAAAUUGGUGUCCAGAGUGUAUACGAGGAUGUUGCAAGGGACACCAACAGAGGUCACACAGUCAGAGCUGUGUGCGAAUCAUUUCAAAUGUCUAAGGAUGCAGGAUUUAAGGUUGUUGCUCACAUGAUGCCUGACCUGCCCAAUGUUGGGUGGGAGAGAGAUAUUGAGCAAUUCAUUGAAUUCUUUGAAAACCCAGCAUUCCGAGCUGAUGGACUGAAAAUCUACCCAACGCUUGUGAUCAGAGGAACAGGGCUGUAUGAGUUGUGGAAGACUGGACGUUACAAGAGUUACCCACCAAGCAUGCUUGUUGACCUGAUUGCACGUAUCUUAGCCCUUGUUCCACCUUGGACACGUGUCUAUCGAGUUCAGCGAGACAUUCCCAUGCCACUUGUUACAUCAGGCGUAGAGCAUGGUAAUCUGCGAGAGCUGGCAUUGGCUCGCAUGCGUGACCUUGGUACACAGUGCCGUGAUGUUCGUACACGAGAGGUUGGCAUUCAGGAGAUUCACCACAAAGUCAAACCUUACGAGGCAGAGCUGGUUAGACGAGAUUAUGUUGCCAACAGCGGAUGGGAAACUUUCUUGUCUUACGAAGAUCCUGAGCAGGACAUACUGAUUGGACUAUUGCGACUGCGAAAGUGCUCAGAGGACACCUUUCGCCCAGAACUGCGUGAUGGCUGUUCCAUUGUCCGAGAGCUUCAUGUGUAUGGCAGUGUUGUGCCAGUCCAUGCCCGUGACCCAACCAAGUUCCAGCACCAGGGUUUUGGCAUGCUUCUGAUGGAAGAAGCUGAGCGGAUUGCUCGUGAAGAGCAUGGCUCAUCCAAAAUUGCAGUCAUUUCAGGUGUUGGCACUCGUAAUUACUACCGGAAGAUUGGCUAUGAACUGGAAGGCCCAUACAUGACCAAGUCUCUAUUGUGAUGGAAAGACACACAGUCCUUUCACAGUUUCACGUGAAACAUGCAGUGAACUCAUGUGUGAGAAUGGAAAUGUGCAGAGACGGAGGCAUAUCGAGGCAGUCAACAUUUUGUUAACUUCUAUGUGAUAUUAAAAUAUUGACAUUUCAUUUUGCCUGCAUGAAGAUGUAUGAAAUAUGUUAUCUUGGUAAGAAAGAUAUUCUUGUUUUAUCUUGAAGUGUUGUAAAGGGUUCAUUAAGAUAAAAAAGGACCUCUUAUUCUCCUGAAGAGGUGCAAGUUGUUUAUUGUUCUAAAUUCCUAAGUAUCUUCUUGACAGAUUUUAAAGAAUCCAGUUUAAACCUGCUCGCCUCGUCUGCAGACCUUCUAGAUAUGAACAUACAUCACCUGUCAUAGCAUCUUUUCACUAGCUGCCAGUCGGGGAUCGUAUAGCAUACGAACUUUUCACUUUGACUUGCACUGGUCCUCGGUACCUCUCCAAACUCCUAUUUAUACACCCGCAUGACUUCUUCGCUCAUCUUCUGACACCAAGCCUCUGCGAGUCCCACUAACUAAAACAAAGACAUAUGGACAGAGGUAUUUCUCCUACCAAGCACCAUCAAGUUGGAACGGAUUACCCGUCAGCCUUCGACACUGAUUCUUUUACCACCUUUAAGUCUAAACGUAAGAUGCAUCUUUUCAGAACGACCCUUUGACCCUGUCCUGACCAUGAGGGUACAUAACGUGUCUGUAAUUUACUUUGUGUAUGGGUGUGUGUUGUAGAAGUGAGCGUGUUAUAUGGGUGCAUUGUUGUUGGUGAGUCUAUAUAUCAUUUAUGUAAAGCGCUCUGAGCAAAUCUUUGGAAAAGCGCUAUAUAAAUCCUCCUCCUCAUCAUCAUUAUUAUUCUUGCGUUACUUGAUAGUUUUGCAUAAGAUAAGAAUGACUCAUGACCCAAGAUUAUUAAUCUGUACCCCUCUAAGGCAGAGGUGGGCAAAGUUUUCUUUUUGCGAGCCGGUCUCAAAAUUUUAAGCUAGUCAGCGGAACCCAAGUCAAGUGACUACACAACACACCUAGUGAUGAUGUAAUGGACAACAAAUGAGUACUCAAUGGCGUUCACUUACCGAAUUUAUUGUGUAAGUUGUUUGAAUUCGCUCACAAUAAAACUUUAAAACCAGCCUUUCCUUUGA